AUGCUCCUCUCACUUGUCACCAUCAUUUCCGUCUUCCAGCUGGCGGUAGCCACGACCGUCAGCCCGCCGAUCCUCUACGACCGUCACGCAUCACAAGAGGGCUCCCUCGAGAAACGCGCAAACUGCGGAGAUGGCAGCCAGUGUCUUCUGGGCACAUGCUGCGGCGACGGAUGCGCCUUGAACUGUUGCGCGUACGAUAACGGCGGCCUGGGCUGCGGAAUCGCAGAACGGUGCCAGUUCAGCGGGAAUGUGUUUAUCGGGUGCUGUGGGAAUUUCCUCGGGGGCUGCACGGGCGAAGCUACGCGUGUCACGGUCCAUUCGCCUUACUCGACUGUUACGCUCGGCGCGCCUACGAAUGCGAAUACUGCUACGGCUACUACCACGACGGAGCAGACGUUUACGGCGAUUUCGGUGACGCCGACUGCGACCGCGACCAAGACUACGUCGAGUGAGACUCAGACAGAAAGUAGUUCGCAUUCUCAUCGCGUCUCGACGUCAAGCACGACUGUAACCCAGGCCGAGACCACGUCGAGUAGUAGCUCUCGUAGUUCGACGACAACAGCGGCGUCCUCGCAGGCUUCGCCGUCGCCGAAUAAUGGCUUGGGAUCUGGCGUCGGCGUGGGAGUACCCGUUCUGGGUGGGAUGGUUGCUCUGGGUGCUGCUUUGUUGUGA